AUUUAAAGGGGCAGCAGCGGUCUCCAUCGAUCGAUCGUAGCAUCUCGAUCCAAACGAGUGGGAUGCGUGUAAGCCUGUGAGGGUUGUGGAUCGAUCGAUCAGUGCGGUCGAUCAUGGAUUCUCUGCUCGGCAAGUCGAUUCUCGCGGCAUUUCCUCGAUCGCGAUCGCAGGCGCUGGCGGAUGCCGCGGCUCGGCCUUGCGCGGCGAAGGUGAGCAAUGGCCAGCAGCCGGCAUCGACGUCGUCCAGUGCUACGAAUUCUGGAACGCUGCCGCUUCCGCCACGGUCUUCACUCCCCGGCCCGUUGAAAUUUCUAUGGUUUUCCAAGAAUCAGGGUGAAAUCUCGCCCAGCGAUCCAUUCUCGGUUGCCGAAUCGCUGGAGACCAGCAAUGCGAGCGGCGAGCUGCUGGUGGGAUCGGACGCUGCCGACGAAAAAGUGAUCGAUCCAAACGGUAGGUCUUGGGCUCAGAAUAUUUGGGGAUUGCGGGCUUUGAUGGGGAGAAGCUCCAUCGCGCAAGAAGAAUCUGGAAGCGUGAUGGUUGAGGACGACACCGCCAUUCCACCGCCAUCGUUACCGCCAAGGCAAGGUAUUCCAGAAUCCGAAAGUGGAAAUUUAGAGCAAGAGAGAGCAGGGGCUCAAUCGUGUCUGGAAUGCGAGGUGGAUGGCUGCUCGAUUGAAAGCUCUUCGAUGCUGGAAGUUCCUCACGUCCAAGUCUCUCACACCAGGGAAUCCUUCUCCAAAUUUUUGCAACCGGUGUCCUUGCGAGAGGCCAGAGUGAUCGCUCGAAUGUCACACCUUUGCAACCUUGCGUAUAGAGUCGGCGACAUCGAGCCCAGUAAUUUACUUCACACCCACGGCUUGGAAUUCAUGACUUCGUCUUUGGUCAAGAAAGAGGAAGCGCUGGCCAAAGAGCAAGCUUCUUCAGUUUCUUCCAAUGAAAGCGAAGAAAGCGAUGGAGGGUCCCCUCGUAUUGGGCAGAGGUUUUCCAUAUCUCCAGCCUCGGCGUAUUCAGUGGCGUCGGCUGUAGCAUCUUACCUUCACUCGCAGACAACGUCGCUCCUUCGCCAUAGAAAAAAAGUUAACGAGGCAGCUGGAGAUGCACUUAAAGAUCAGAGAUUUGGAGCUGUGAAUGGGGACGGGCAGGAGAAGGAGGCGGCGGAUUAUGAGUCGUCAGAGAUGGCUACUUUAAUCGCCUCCUCGCCUGUGACUGCGGUGGUUGCUGCCAAAGAGGGCACAAAGGAUGCAGUGGCCAAAGACUUGCAGUCCCUGCACAACUGCCCGUGUGAGUGGUACUGCUGCGACGACAGGAAGACUUCCACGCUACACUUUGUUAUUCAGGGAUCCGAAUCGCUGGCGUCCUGGCAAGCCAAUUUGUUAUUCGAGCCGACGCACUUCGAGGAUAGUAGCCUUGGUGUCUUCGUUCACAGGGGAAUUUACGAAGCCGCGAAGGGACUUUAUGAGCAGUUGCUGCCUUGCGUCCUCGAGCAUCUACGCUUACAUGGGGACCAAGCACGGCUUUGCUUUACAGGGCACUCUUUAGGAGGCAGCCUUGCUACGCUCGUGUUCCUAAUGCUCCGGAUUCGGGGGGUGGUGCAACGAGAAGCGUUGUUGCCUGUCUUGACUUUCGGCUCGCCAUGCAUCCUGUGUGGCGGCGAUUACCUCCUCGACAAGCUGGGCCUACCAAAAGAUCACAUUCGCUCAGUCAUGCUACACCGCGACAUUGUUCCCAGGACUUUUGCGUGUAACUAUCCCGAUCACGUCGCGGAGAUUCUCAAGAGAUUAAACGGCAACUUUCGGGAUCACCCGUGCCUCAACAACCAGAAAUUACUUUACGCGCCAAUGGGCCAGUUUAUACUCUUGCAACCCAGCGAGGACGUUGCCCCGCCGCAUCCACUGUUACCGCCGGGUCUAGGACUUUACGUGAUGAGGCAUCCGCGGGAAGGGAACUGUAGCAGCAAGGUAGAGUUUAGAGCAGCGCAGCGGGCCUUCCUCAACUCGCCACACCCGCUGGAGAUCUUGAGCGACCCGGGUGCUUACGGCUCCGACGGGGCGAUCUGCAGGGACCAUGAUCCACGGAGCUACAUGAAGUGUAUCACGGGCGCAGUGCGGCAGGAAGCCAAGAGGAGUAGACGAUUGAAGCGGCAGCAGCGGCGGGGACUUUGGUGGCCUCUUAUCACGGCGGAGUUGUCAUCCAUGUUUAGAGACGGUGGUGGUGGUGGUGGUGGUGGACAGGAUAGAACUUUUUUAGUUCCAGGAACCACAACAGCAGGAAGAGGGGCAGUGGUUCUUUCCGGAUCGUCGGCGCCGGGGCCAAGUGUGGUGGCGGCGGAGAGAUUCUACGCGGGUGUUGUUCGUGGGAUCCACGAGCACAGGAGGCAGGGUCAGGUGGUUCUUCUAUUCUUUUUCUCGGUGAAGCUGGCGCUCAUGCAAGGCUUUGCUGCGUUCUUCGCUUGGGUGUAGUCGAGGUCGAGGACUCCGUUCCGGCGAGCUCCAGAGGAAGAACGGAGGAAGUGUCAUCUUUUUGGAUUGGAAGAAAUUCCAAUCGCGGGGAUAGAACUUCUCUUUUAGGAGAAAUCCAAUCCCUUGGGGAUAGAAACUUUGAGGAGGGCAUUUUUUGUACAAACAUUGGGGUGUAAAUAUUACUGUCGGCAUCGAUUUAUUCUA